UGCGUUAAAAGCUCAUGUCGAUCUCCUGAGCGCUGUUCUCUAGGUCUGGUGACAAAAUAUCAUGUAGUUUUGCUCUUUCAAUUUUGGACUGGAUAAGGAGUAGUAAAUCUUAUACAAUUGACGACGGUUCUCACUAAAACAACAGUAAGCAAAUGCGCUUGAUGGAAAUUCGAUUGAUUACUUUUCAUUACCGGUACAGGGAGAUAUAAAUUUGCAGCAAGCCUUAACCACUAGUAUCUCGGAGAAGUGACUUCAGCACAACUCAGUUCUAUAUAUCUUUCGGAUUAAAUGUAAGAACUCCGGAUUAUUAAAAUCGUCGGGAUAAACAUAACUACAACAGACAUAUGGUUACUCCCGAUCAGGACAAUAUUACUGAAAGUGACGGUUGAAGACAUUGAGAAAUAUGAACUUUUCGUCCGAAGUAGACCUGUUUCAUAACCACUUUAACUUAAGUUUUGACAGAUCAGAUGUCGAUUUGUCGAUGCCUAAUCUUCUCCGAGAACAAUCCUGGAAAAUAACAUUCAUACUGCUCUUCGCUAUUGUGAUCUUCUUUGGAUUCUUUGAAAACCUUGCUAUUGUCAUUGUAAUUAUCAUCAACAAGCAACUGCACACUGUAACCAACAUCUUCAUCUCUACCCUGGCUCUGUCUGAUAUAAUGUUGUGUGCAUUUAAUUUACCAUUCCAACUUCAUUACGGAAUCACUGACUUUUGGAGAUUUGGACCUAUUCUUUGUCGCGUGAUUAUACCAAUGUUCACUAUGCCCGUAUUUGUGUCUACCUACGCCAUGUUGAUGAUUGCCAUAGAACGCUAUAUUGUAAUUGUGUUUCCCUUCCGUAAAAAACUUACCCAAAAACAAGCGGUUUGUAUCGUGGUCAUCAUCAUGCUAUUUGCAAUGACUUUCACAAUACCUGCCAUAGUUCAUACCGAAGUGAAGUUGGCGGAAUAUGACAUGCGACCUUUCAUAGAUGAGCGUAUUUAUCGCCCUUUCUGUCUAGAAGUCUGGGAAGAAAGGGCAAGUAGAAUAUACACAAUCUUUGGAUUUGCUUUCCAAUUUGUCAUCCCAAAAACCUUGAUAUCUGUUUUAUAUUUUCAAAUUUAUAACGUACUCAAAAGGAGACCCGUCAAACGAAAAGAGACCAGACGAAAUUAUCGCAUAACAAGGAUUUUGGUUUCCAUAGCCAUUCUGUUUACUAUUACGUGGCUCCCGUUCCAACUCUUCAGCAUAACUUUGUACUUUAGUCCAGACAUAUUUCAGACCCUUGGCGCGGCCUACAAAUUAGUGGAUUUGUUGUUGAAAAUAAUCGCCAUGAGCUCCUCGUGUAUAAAUCCAUUCUUUUAUGGUUGGCUAAACAACAAUUUCAGACGGGAAAUGGCAACCAUGUUGGGGCGAAAUCUGGAAAAUGUUCAGAAAAGUUCGAAUGGUUUCACGACAUACAAUCACACGAACGUGCAUUCCAAAGAAAACAAUGGAAACCAAGGGCCAAGGAUGGAGGAGAGCGCGCUGUUGUAGAGCGACCACGAGAGAAUACUACUUUUAUCUGUGUGUCUCUGUUUCCGUGAUAUUGAAAUGGCGGUAUGCUGUUUAUACAUCGAAGGUUGUUUGUGGUGAUGAGUAAAUUCAAAGUAGAUUUUAAUUAAUCUGAGAGAGAACAAUAAUGCUUUGUUUGCAAAUACGCCAAUAUUAGCGUAUUACUAUGGAGAAAUUGUUAGAAAUUAACAUUCAUAUACUUUCAUGUUAUAUUUUAAUGUCUCAGAAUUAAAUGUUGUCCUUGACCAAAAACAAUUA